AUGAGUUUGAUUGAAGCUAGGAGAGUUAAGUGGACGCUCUUGACUUUACUAAAAUGUAAAAGAUUGUUAAAAAAUGCUGUUAAUGACUGUCAAAAUUUAGGAACUAAGAGUUACGUCUCAGAAGAAGGAACUAGAGCCAAUAACAACAUUUCAGACUCAGAAUAUUGGACGGAGCUCGCUUCAAAAGAGUUAGAAGAGGCAUUAAACGUAAAAUGGAACGAGGGCACAGCCAAGAAUAUAAUUUUGUUCAUCGGUGACGGAAUGGGACCGAACACGAUCACAGCUACCAGGAUAUACAAGGGCGGGGAAAGUCAUCGGUUGUCGUAUGAGAUGUUCCCGCACGUCGGAUUAUUGAAGACUUAUUCUGCGAACAAAAUGGUGCCAGACUCAGCUUCUACUGCAACAGCAUUGCUUUGUGGAGUCAAAUCUAAUCAGAACACCGUAGGAGUUAAUACAUUCGUGGAAUAUAGCGAUUGUGCUGCUUCAAGGAAACCCGGCGCUAAUUUGGAGUCCUUAGCUGCAUUGGCUUUGAAAGCUGGGAAAAGUGCUGGGUUUGUGACAACGAUGCGAGUGACACACGCUACACCAGGUCCAAUAUACGCUCACAGUGCAGCUCGGCAGUGGGAGUGCGAUGCUAGCAUGCCAGCUGGUUCAGACUGUAAAGACAUUGGUAGACAACUGUUCGAGGACUUCCCCGGCAGAGACCUUCAUGUAAUAAUGGGAGGUGGUAGACAAAGUUUGGUUUCAAAUGUGACGGCUACCCCUGAUGACCCAACAAGCGCAUGGGCAUGCUCCCGAGCUGAUGGAAGAGAUCUCAUACAACAUUACAGAAAUGAUAAACAAAACCGAGGUCUUAAGUACGGCGUGGUCUCAACUAAUAAAGAACUUCAGAAUUUAAAUGUCAAUGAAACCGACUACCUUUUGGGAAUCUUUGCGAAUUCACAUUUACAAUAUGAGCAUGAGCGAAAUAAAGGUCCAGAAGGAAUGCCAUCCCUUCCAGAAAUGGUGGAAGUUGCCAUUAAGGUCUUAAAGAAAAACUCCAAAGGCUACUUUCUUAUGGUUGAAGGUGGCAACAUAGACAUGGCCCACCACCGCGGUAGAGCCAAGCUUGCGAUUAACGAAGCAGCGACUAUGGAACAGGCGGUGCAAGUCGCUCUCGAACUGACUGACAAACGUAACACGUUACUAGUUGUGACUAGCGACCACACACACACCAUGACCAUAAACGGAUAUCCUGACAGGGGCUCCAAUAUCUUUGGAGUUGUUGGACCAUCAAGAGCCGAUGGUCUGAACUAUACGACGAUAGCGUAUGGCACUGGGGGACCUGGUUCCGUUCAGUAUUCAGUAGAGAGUAAUGAGAACGGAACGCGUAUUGUGAGACAAAACCCAUCCUCCGUUGAUACGGAUUCGUUCACGUAUGAACAAAUCGCAGCUGUUCCGUUGGAAGAGAACUACCAUGGUGGUGGUGACGUCAUCGUUUAUGCGCAAGGUCCAUACGCUCACUUGUUUCAUAAUAUCCACGAACAGCAUUACGCGUUCCAUGUAAUGUCUUACGCGGCAAAAAUCGGUCCUUACUCUGCUGGAAAAACGCUUCAAUACAACGUUGCCAUCCUUCUAUUUCAGGAUGAUUCUCAGGCCGAAAUCCUCCAGAAACUGGACACCGUUGUCAUGGAAGGAAAUGAAUGUGUGACUCAAGUCGCCGAGCGAUCCAAGGAAUUGUCGAUUUACAUUUCAUACGUUGAUCCUAGAAUAGAAAUCUGUACAUAUUCGUACGAGGACGAAAGAGCUGGAAAUUGUAUUGGAGAUCCCGGCAGUCCGCUGGUGCUGAGAGACACCCACGAGCAAAUCGGUGUUAUGUCCUGGGGUAUAGAAUGUGCGCAUAACGUUCCCGACAUGUUCGUACGAAUCAGCAGCUACCGCGAUUGGAUUGAAAACACGGUUCAAAGCCACACACCGGAGUCAAUCUACUAAUACGAGCUACUAACUCUUACUUAAGUCCCAUUUCUAAAUCUUUGACGGUUUAUUUGUUGUUUUAUAUCACUUUUUCUUUGUUUGGUUUUAAUUUGCUUUUGUCGUGCUAGCUUUGAAGGCUUUUUAUUAAAAACAUUCAAAUAUA